AUGAGGUGGCUCGAAGAAGAUACAGGGAAUGAUGAAAAUGACGAAUUUGAUCCUGAAGAAUCUGAUACAAAUGAAGAUGAUCAACUAAUGGAAAGCGAUCAUGACACUGUAACUGAACAAUCUGCUGGUGAAUAUGGUAAUGACAGCGAGUAUCUAGGUGAACUGUUUCAUCGUCUGUGUGAGGAUGAAGAUAUGAUAGUGCGAAGACUGGCACUGUCCAUGUUGCCUGCUAUAGCUGAAGACGCUGAUGUCCAGUUUUAUGCCUCUCAUGUAGUACCCAUUUUCGAGAAGGCCCUGGAAGAUAAGAUUGGUCUUCAUUUGGAGGCGACACAGGCUUUAAUCGCUUUGUUUAAAUCUAAGAAAUUAUCUGAUGAUGUACACAGGCAUCUUCUGCCAGUUCUGUAUAAAUACGCAGAGGAUCCAUAUUGGCAAGUUCGGUUCUUAAUUGCCAACAGCAUUAAUGAUAUGUUUCGGAGCUUGUUCCGGAGUUUGCUGUGCAGAAAAGGAGGGUGCUGCCUCUGGGUGUUCCUCAGGCGUAGGCAGCCCUUCUAUGAGGAUGACGAUGACGAGAUGGUCUGCGACCCGGGAAUGAACAUCGCCAUGUCGCAUUGGUGCGGUGCCUCGCUCCCUGAAGAGGCUCCCACUUGGUAUGAGUGUACUCUUGGAGAAGUAUACGAGCACAAAUCAACCCCCAGUUACGGUGCUGAUUUAACACAUCCGGACUAUCGGGACACAAUUGCGAAUAUAGAAAAGCGAAUGGCAGAAGAAAAGAAGUACCUAGGUGAACUGUUUCAUCGUCUGUGUGAGGAUGAAGAUAUGCUAGUGCGAAGACUGGCACUGUCCAUGUUGCCUGCUAUAGCUGAAGACGCUGAUGUCCAGUUUUAUGCCUCUCAUGUAGUACCCAUUUUCGAGAAGGCCCUGGAAGAUAAGAUUGGUCUUCACUUGGAGGCGACACAGGCUUUAAUCGCUUUGUUUAAAUCUAAGAAAUUAUCUGAUGAUGUACACAGGCAUCUUCUGCCAGUUCUGUAUAAAUACGCAGAGGAUCCAUAUUGGCACGUUCGGUUCUUAAUUGCCAACAGCAUUAAUGAUAUUCACAACUCUGUGAAUUCACUUACCUUGAAAUCAAGCUGCUUCUCACUGAUGCUGGAGUUCUCAACGGACCCAGAGACACGAGGAAAGGGAUCACCAGAGGAAUCAUUUAAUAAAAACUGUGUUAUUCUUAGUGGUUUUCUACUUCUCUUUAAAGAUGUUGCGGAGCAGCAUCCUGUAGACCUGAUGUCAGAUCCGAAGAAAAAAAGAGUGGAUGUGUCUUCCGACCCUGAAGUGUGGUUGAGGUGGCUCGAAGAAGAUGCAGAGAAAGAUGAAAAUGACGUAUUUGAUUCUGAAGAGUCUGAUUCAAAUGAAGAUGAUCAACUAAUGGAAAGCGAUCAUGACACUGUAACUGAACAAUCUGCUGGUGAAUACGGUAAUGAGAGCGAUGUUUCGGAGCUUGUUCCGGAGUUUGCUGUGCAAGAAAGGAGGACGCUGCCUCUGGGUGUUCCUCAGGCGUAG